AUGUUUACAGGAAUUGUUGAGAUAAUAGGAGAUGUCUCCGAACUCAAUCAUCAAGCCGAAGAUGGUGGUACAACACUCACCAUUUCCAACGCCUCCGAGAUCCUGGCCGAUUGCCAUCUUGGGGACAGUAUCAGCAUAAACGGCACCUGCUUAACUGUCACGUCUUUCGAUGAAUCCUCCUUCAAAGUCGGCGUCGCGCCUGAAACCCUCAGACGGACGAAUCUUGGCUCCCUCAAGCAGCACAGUCGAGUCAACUUGGAGCGGGCCGUCUCAGCAACUACGCGUAUGGGCGGACACUUUGUGCAAGGCCACGUUGACACUAUCGCCACAAUAUUGAAAAAGCAGCCGGAUGGAAAUGCGAUUACAUUCAGAUUUCAACCCCGAGAUAAGGCUGUCCUUAGAUAUGUGGUGGAAAAGGGAUAUGUCACAUUGGAUGGAGCGAGUCUGACAGUCACCAAGGUCGAUGACGAAGAGGGUUGGUGGGAAGUCAUGUUGAUUUCGUACACCCAGGAGAAGAUUGUUACUGCAAGUAAAACCUUGGGAGAUGAGGUUAACGUUGAAGUCGACCAGAUUGGCAAGUACGUGGAGAAGGCUGUCGAAGGCUACUUUUCAAAGGGUAGUAGUGGAGAGCCUGUCAUCCUUCAGAAGAUGGUGGAGAGAAUUGUGGAGGCAAAGCUAGCACAGACGAAGUAA